AGUUUGUCUGCCUCCAUGCCUUCACUUGAGUCUUACGCAUUCAACAUGAAAGCAACUGUUGAAGAUGAAAAACUUCAGGGCAAGAUAAAUGAUGAAGACAAACAGAAGAUUCUUGACAAGUGCAAUGAAAUCAUCAACUGGCUUGAUAAGAACCAGACUGCAGAGAAGGAAGAAUUUGAACACCAGCAAAAAGAGCUGGAGAAAGUCUGCAACCCCAUCAUCACCAAGCUGUACCAGAGUGCAGGGGGCAUGCCAGGAGGAAUGCCUGGAGGCUUCCCUGGUGGUGGAGCUCCUCCCUCUGGUGGUGACUCCUCUGGGCCCACCAUUGAAGAGGUUGACUAAACCAAUCUAAGAAUAAAUAGGUUGAGCAUUGUUCCACACACAAUAUUCAAAGGACCCAAAUUUGUAGCAAAUUCCAUGGCAGUUGUAAUAUUGAGCUGCUAUAGCAAAAAAACUGGGCAUUCUUGAUACUUGAAUAUGGAAUAUGUGUAUAGGGAAAGGAAAUAAACAUUGCACUUUAUAAGCACUGUAUUGUUAAGUGGAAAAUGCAAUGUCUUAAAUAAAACUGUAUUUAAAAUU